CUGCAAUUUUCAUAGUAGUCUGUAGCCACUCAUCGGGUUUGUGUGUGCAGUAAGAACAUCCCCAAAAAUUCCCUCUCAGUCUCUUCUCCUAUGGCUUCCUUUCUUUCUCCCUUCAAACCCUAAUCAUCGUUAACCAUCUUUCUCUCUCUCCAUGUUCCGCCUCCGGGGAUUGUCUUGUCAGGUGGUUCUGUCGUUGAUCUUCUUUUGUCUCGUUGGAUAUGGACUGUGCUCUUUGAAUGGGUUAAAAAACCCAUCUGAUUAUGAUGCUUGUGCAUCUUUUGAGAAAAGUUAUGAUCUUGGUUCUUCAGACACCACUGUUAGUGACUCUAGUGUAGGCUAUGGGUUUCCAUCUGCCCGUAAAACAAAUGAAAAUGUGUGUCCGAAGAGUCGCUCAUUCUGCUUUCCGUCAAUGUUGUCUGGAUUUUCUCAUAAGGAGAAAAUUGUCAAGGAAGCUUCUCUAGGAGAAUCUGACAGUCAAUACAACAGUCCAUUUUGUGUAGAGGUAGCUCAAGAUAGCAGGCAGACAAGUAACAAAAGCUGGUCAUCUGAAUAUGGUGUGUAUAGGUUACUUAAUGGAGGGGUUGUCUCAUGUUCUUUGAACACCAAAGAGGGAGUGAAUGAAGUACGACUUCUUCAAACUGAGGUUGGUUGUAAAGAUGAUAUUUCUUCUUGUGGAGGCUCAUCACUUAAACAGAAGACAACGCGCUUUCUGUCAAAGAACUCUGAGAUUUCCAAAUCAAAUUCUUUUGAUGAUUCUGUCUCACCCAAUGUAAGGAUUGGCCCUACUGUGCUGGACUGGGGACAAAAAUACUUGUAUUCCUCUUCAGCAGCUUUUUUAACUGUGACAAAUACAUGCAAUGACAGCAUAUUACACCUCUAUGAGCCUUUCAGCACAGACUUACAGUUCUACCCUUGUAACUUCAGUGAUGUUUCACUAAGUCCUGGUGAAUCAGCUUUAAUUUGUUUUGUUUUCUUCCCUAAAAGUCUGGGCUUGUCAUCAGCUAGCCUGAUUUUGCAGACGAAUUCUGGUGGAUUCAUAGUAGAAGCUAAAGGACAUGCUACUGAGUCUCCUUUUGGAAUUCAGCCCGUAUCAGGUGUGCAAAUUUCUCCUGGUGGAAGAUUGAGCAAGAAUUUUUCAUUGAUCAAUCCCUUUGAUGAGACCCUUUAUGUGGAGGAAAUAACUGCCUGGAUAUCAAUUUCUUCAGGGCAUAAUUCUGUUGAAACUGAAGCAAAUUGUAGGAUAAAUGAUUUUCAGGUUUUUGAUGCUUGGCUCUUCCCAACUUUAAAGGACCGAUUGGUUGUGAAGAGUGGCCAAUUUGGUUCACCAAUCGUAGCAAUCAGACCCCAUAGGAAUUGGGAUAUUGCUCCACAUGGCUCUGCAACUCUCAUGGAGAUGGAUAUUAUGGCUGGAUUUGAGGGAAAAAUCUUUGGUGCAUUUUGUUUGCAUUUACUGAGGUCCUCGCAAGAUACAUCUGAUACUAUUAUGGUCCCUAUUGAAGCUGAAGUAGAUAGUCAUUCUGCCUAUGAUAUGGUUGGUAUAUUUAUUUCAGCAACUCUUGAGGGUCUAGCUACAUGUGAUAGUGGUGAAACUGCUAUCACUAUCUCUCUAAGAAAUGAUUCCCCUUAUGUUUCAAGUUUUGUUAAAGUCAUUGAAGUUUCUGACAAAGAGCUUUUCCAUUUCAAGUACCAAGAAGGUUUGCUGCUUUUCCCCGGUACUGUUACGCAAGUUGGCAUUAUUUACUGUAGUCAUCUGCACUUGGAUUUACAUGACCUUGCUCCUAAAGUCUCCAGCUUGCGAGAGAACUGCAAACUGCUGAUUCUUACUAAUGAUUCAACUAGUCCCCUGAUUGAGAUACCAUGUGAGGACGUAUUAUAUAUUUGUUUUGAACAUCAAAGGCUAAGGCAUUCAUCUGUUAAAGUAGAGGGCAAGUCCAAACAUGCUGAAUCUGACAAUAUGAGAGCAGGGUAUAUGGCCAGAAGCAUGCAAUUAAGACCAAACAUCAAGGUUUUAGAGACGGAUGUAGAUGAACUGGUUCUUGCAAACUGGAAAUCUCAAGGAACCAGUGUUGGCAUGUCUGUGCUUGAAGACCGUGAGGUGUUAUUUCCAAUGAUUCAGGUUGGAAGUUAUGUCUCUAGGUGGAUCACUGUUAAGAAUCCCAGUCAACAACCCGUUGUGAUGCAGCUUAUCUUGAAUUCAGGGGAAAUAAUCAAUGAGUGUAGGGGUUUAGAUGAUUCAAUACACCCUUCUUCUAGUAAUUUGGUUCUAGAUGAAGGUGCUAAUCCUAAAAAGUACGGAUUCUCUGUACCAGAUAAUGCACUAACAGAGGCUUAUGUGCACCCUCUUGAUCAUGUAACUUUAGGGCCAAUAAUUUUUUAUCCAUCUGAUCGAUGUGGAUGGAGUGGUUCAGCAAUGAUAAGAAACAAUCUUUCAGGUAUUGAGUGGAUACCUUUAAGGGGAUAUGGAGGGCUGCUUUCUUUGGUUUUGCUCGAGAGGUCUGAGCAUGUUGACAGUGUAGAUUUUGAUCUUAAAAUGCCCAAGACACUCAACUUUUCUCUUCCAUAUACUUUACUUCACAUGAAAGAGAUAACCUCUGCCUGUUCACAACAUUUAAUGAAAGAGUUAUAUGCCAAAAACACAGGAGAUCUGCCAUUGGAGGUUAAAAGUAUCAGAGUUUCUGGGAGAGAAUGUGGGUUGGAUGGUUUUAAGAUUCUCUUUUGUGAGGGUUUUGCCCUUGAGCCUGGGGAAUCAACUAAACUACUGAUAUCAUAUCAAACCGGUUUUUCUGCAGCUGUGGUGCAUCGAGAUCUUGAACUGGUGUUGGCUAGUGGUAUUUUUCUGUUACCUAUGAAAGCUAGUUUCCCUUAUGAUAUGCUAAGUAUCUGCAAGAGAUCCAUGUAUUGGAUGCGACUGAAGAAAUCUCUUCUUGGGUUCCUUCUUGUUGCAUCCUUAAUAGUUCUGAUAUUUUGUUUCAUAUUUCCUCAAACCACUGCAUUGGGCUUCUUGGAUUUCUCUUGCAAGAGUGAUGAUAACAUGGUCCACACCACCAUGACAAGUGCUGUGGAAACCUCUGCGGUACAUCAUGAGCAGAGAAAGAGUAAGCUCUCUAUGUCUAGUAAGACGAAUCAUCUAAUGGAGGCCUCUAGUGCCAGAUAUUCCUAUGGUCAAGCCAAUCCAUCUGAACUGGAAAUAUCUCGGCAUUUGACAGAGAGUUCUGAAAAUCAUAAACAGACUAGUCAUGCAUUGGAUAUUCAAAGUGAAAGAAAAUUGUCUUCCACAGAAGUUCAGAGCUCUGAUCCAAUGAAAGAAUCUCAGUUGGGUUAUCUCACGGUCAAAACUGGUAAAGAAAAGGGUAGAAGAAAAAAGAGGAAGAGUCUUGGUGCGAAAUUAGCAACGUUGUCUGAAGUUUCAAGCAGUCAAAGUGGGAAUUCUACACCCUCAUCUCCUUUAUCCCCAACUGCCGCUGCUACACCUAAAUGUAACUGGUCAUUGUCUGCGGAUGUGGAGCAACCUCCUCUUGAGGCUCUCUGUUCGAUGACACAGGGGGCUGCCCAACAUUCUGCCAAUGAUCAAGCUUCUGCUGCUGGGGCAAAUAUAUUGAAACCAAGGUGCAGCAGUAAUAUGUCUUCUCAAGUGCCACAUUCUGCUUCAGGAAGUGCUACUAGUCUACCUGUUCAGAUUCCUUGUGCCACUCCUCUCUUUACUGCCAGCACUUUUCCAUCUCCCUUGGGGUCAAAAUCUACUGUGAACUUGCAUGCUCGAGCUCCUGGAUCCCAACUUCACAACCAAACAGCUGUUCAAGCACGAGAGGCAAAUGAGUAUACAUAUGAUAUUUGGGGUGAUCAUUUUUCUGGACUUCACUUGUUAGUUCCAAAAGAUGUUACUUCCAUGAAUUCCAAGUCCUGUCCCGUGGAAAAUAAUUUCGACAGCUUUUUUGUAAGAGGUCCACAAACCCUUGUGACAAAUUCUCAAGAAGGCUAAUAAGUUGAAAAACAACGUUAUUUGACGUUUUCUUGC